AUGUCAUAUCAACCAUUAAAACAACCACUUUUAAGUGAAGAUUCCAAUUAUGAGUAUGAAGAAACACUUUUAAAAGAAAGAAACGAACAGGCCAAACAACUCGCACAAGAUGUGUACCAUUUAAAGGGCGCAAUGGAUGAUUUAAAACUUUUGGUAGACGAACAAGGUGAACAAUUACAAGUUGCCAAUGGUUAUGUUGAACAAGCCGAUAUGGAUGUUGAAGUCGGUAUUGAAGAACUCGAACAAGCAUAUGUAUAUAAAACCAGAUCAAGAAAGAAGAUGAUUAUUAUAGGAAUUGUAGUAGCUAUUAUUAUAACUAUUGUCGUGGUUUCCGCCUUAAAAAUAUUCAAAUUCAAAUAA